GCUGAAUUGUGAGUGGCUUACGACACUCAGUGAACAGAAGGUGUUUCUGCAUGCACUGGCAGCGCACUAGUCUGCUGCAAGGGCUCUAGCUCUGCUCUCUCUUUUUCUCUCUCUCUGUCUCUCUCUCUCUCUCUCUCUCUACUCCCCACACACCAGCCCUGCCUUCAGCCUCUAUGCCUCAGCAUCUCCGCACGGCAACAGCCUCCUCAGCUCACAGGAAAUGAGCGGCACCCAAAAGAAAGCUCGCUGGAAACCAGGCUACUAGCGGACACGCCACUUCAGGAUACCAAAAAAGAAAAAGAAAAAAAAACAACCAAGUGUGCAUGUCGGGGUGGCAAGCGUUCAGCUCAGACGUAUCUGAGGAAGCUGUCCUCCAAGAGAACGACGACCAGCAAAACUGGAUAUAAACAGUGCAGGUCAGCGGCUGCUUCAAGAGAUGGACGUUAAUUUGUACCAGUAGUUCCAAAAGAGUCUUCAGCACAAAUAAUAAAAAAAAGAGUUGGAGUGGAUUUGCCCUCUUUGCGAGUGUGUGCUUUUUCCCCUCUUCUCCUCUUGCUCUGAUCAGCGCAGCAGCCACUGCGGAGAAGCAGGAGAGGGAGGACAGUGCUCACGCAUGCAGUCUGGGCAGCUUGCAUUUCCUGCGAGCACACUGAAUGCCACUUGGAUUCCUCCUCUUUCUGGCUCUUUUCACGCGAGGAGAACUAAGACAUUGUAAGUCUGCCAGGAUCUGGUGGCCGCUGAAAAGGAGGGGGGGGAUGAAUUUGUACCACACUGGGAUCUUUUUUAGAUUCGCACAUAAUUAGUGGCGGCACAAAAGGAGCAGCUGAAUAGAGGUUGUCAGCCUCUGGAAAGGGGUGAGUAGGAAUCCUUUCAUAUGAGAUUGGUUUUGGAAGAACGCUUUUUUUUUUACCUCUUAUCUCUUCUUUCACUCCCCGAUAUCUAACAUGAACGAAGUGACUUGCCAUUUCCCCCCUCUCAAAUCUUGCUUUUUUAACGUGACUGGAUUUUCUUAGACUCUGAGAAAUAAAUCACAAAUCAUCAUCAGGCAAAACACAUUAAAAAAAAGAAAAGAAAAUGACACAAAACUGAGCAUUUUUGGCCUGGGGAGUUACAAAAUCAUGGCGUCCAAAACGAGAGGAAUCUGAACGAUUCAAUGAACUUUUUCUCCACGACACUGCGGGAUAUUCAUGCUAAUGGAUUUCCUCCUAAUUGGUCUGUACUUAAAGUGGCCGCUAAAGAAGCCCCCUGGGUUGAUACUUUGCUCUCUGGGCAUCUUUCUGAAAAUGGUUCCCCUGGUGGGGGGGAGCUGUCCAAGGCUGUGCCGCUGCGACAGCAAGCUGCUGUACUGUGAGGGGCUCAACCUGACGGAUGUCCCCCGCAACCUAAGCAGCGCCACAGGCUUAUCCCUGCGGGAGAACAACAUCUCAGAGUUGCGUGAGGGACAAUUUGUUGGCCUGUCGCAGCUCACCUGGCUCUACCUGGAUCAUAACAACAUUGAAUUUGUCGAGGAGAGCGCCUUUGAAAGGCUGCGGCGGGUCAAGGAGCUUGACCUCAGCACCAACCGGAUAGAGAACCUGUCCAAUGGGACUUUCAGACCUCUGCCCAACUUGCGUAUCUUGGAUUUAUCCUACAACAGGCUGCAGUCACUGGAGCCAGACCUUUUCCACGGCCUUAGGAAGCUUACCAAUUUGCACUUGCGCUACAAUGCCCUGAAGUUUGUGCCUGUGCGAAUCUUCCAGGACUGCAGGAGCAUGCAGUUUCUGGACCUGGGCUACAACCAGCUGCAGAGCCUGGCACGCAACUCAUUUGCUGGGCUCUUCAAGCUGACUGAGCUGCAUCUGGAGCACAACGAGCUGGUCAAAGUCAACCUGGCCCACUUUCCCCGUCUCAUUGCCCUUCGCACACUCUACAUGCGUAAUAACAAGGCUACCAUUGUUGUCAGCACCUUGGACUGGACCUGGCACUUCCUGGAGAAGAUUGACUUCUCCAACAACGCAAUUGAGUACAUGGAGCCACAUGUCUUUGAAAGUGUGCCCAACCUCAAGGAGCUCAUGCUGGACUCCAACAAGCUAACCUAUGUGGACCAGCGCAUCUUGGACUCUUGGACAUCCCUAAGCAGCAUCACUUUGUCUGGGAAUGAGUGGGAGUGCAGCCGCAAUGUCUGUGCCCUGGCGUCCUGGCUGAGUGGCUUCCAGGGCCAACGUGAUAGCGCUUUGCUGUGUGCAAGCCCGGACACGGCCCAGGGUGAGGACAUUCUGGACGCUGUCUAUGCCUUCCAGCUGUGCGAGGAUAAUGUAGAAGCCACCACGCAGACCUACGCAGCCACUAGAGACCUCGCCCGAGGCUCCAUUUUCAAAGGGCCCACUAGAGGUCCAUAUGACCUACAGGAUGUGGAGGGUGGUGAGGUAGUCACCAACUCCUUUACAGUGACCAUGGCUGCAGAUGACCUGGAGAGUACCAUGCAGAUCCAUAAGGUGGUGACGGGCACCAUGGCGCUCAUCUUUUCUUUCCUCAUCGUGGUGCUCAUGCUCUAUGUGUCGUGGAAAUGCUUCCCAGCUGGUGUGAGGCAGGUGAGGCAAUGCUUUAGCAGCCAGCGCCGCAAGCAGAAGCAAAAGCAGACCAUGCAGCAGAUGGCCACCAUGUCCACGCCUGAGUACUAUGUGGACUACAAGCCUAACCACAUCGAGGGGGCCCUUGUCAUCAUCAACGAAUACGGUUCCUGCACCUGCCAGCAACAGGCAUCCCGGGAAUGUGAGGUGUAAAACUUUGGCUACCGUCCCUGGAUAUUUCACAAUCACAUCAUAUGAAUGGAUACGGGACAUGCUUUGAUGCUGUACCACACUGUGCUGCUCUCUGGAGGAGACUUGGAUGACAUGUUCAGAGUGCAAAGCGGACAGAGACCAAGGAUUUACAGCUGAUUUCAAUGGCCUCAGUGGCUUUCAGUGGACAUGGCUUUAGAACAGGUUGACACAAUGUCUUGGGGCUGAGAGGAAUAUAGGAACUAAUCAUGGUCUCUUGUGACGAGUGGAUAUUUGAGCUUUAAUGUGUCUUUCUACUGCAGGAGAUUACUAAAGCUUAUGAGGACACCCAGAACACAAUUUUUUAUUGUUGUAACAACAAUAACAAUAAUGACAAGAAAAUUUAAAUGGGUAAAAAAUAAAAGAGAUGAGUCUGUGUAAAAUAUGUUAAAAUCAGAAAAGCAAGAGUGGGAAUAAAACUCAAGAUGCUAUACUAUUUCUUUUGUAAACUAUGGAAAAAAGGAAACAAACGUUUAAAUAAACGAAUUGCAAUUCACAGUAGUCACGUCUGCAGGCAAGUUUGACGGGUGGUUUGUUGUCAGUGGUAGCUUGGGGAGGACUGUAAGUUUGGCCCUGCUGUAUUUGUAGAAGAUAAAUAAAAUGAGCAGUGGGGAUCUCGUUACUUCAUUUGAAAUGUUAAGCCUAAAUCUGAAAUUCAGAUCUCCUCUACCACACCCCAGCUCUUACUCUUUCUUCCCCAUCUCACCAUAUGGGGGGAAUGAUCACUGUGCAGGCUUGCUGUUACUGUUGUAGUUGCUUUUUCUAUUCUUAUGUUCCAUUCUUCACAGAUUAAGCAAACUAACAGAAGCCAAAAAAGAAAAAAAGGAGCCUCUUACGUUCUGUUCAGAAGGUUUUUUAACACAGUGAUGAGUCAUGUGCUGUCUCUAUAAAACAGGGCCAAUGUUUUUUAAUGGCUCAAAGUUAUGCCUUUUGACUGCUUUCCCAUGCUCAGUUAGUGUGUUAAACCUCCCUAAGACAGUGGUGAAAUCAGAGCUGUACAAAAACCUAGCCUUAAACGUUCACAUCGAAACUGAUUCAGAAUGGGCAAUGGUGUUAUAAAGAUUUAGGGAGAUAGCUAAAAAACUGUAUGAUGUCAGUGGUUGAUCUGUUGGGGAUCUCUGUUUGUGAAGCAUUUUUCCAAGAUUUUCUGUUUUCAAAAGGUUUCUUUAGUCGAGCAGACAGUGUCUCCUCUGGCAGUGGAAGAAAAAACUGGGUUUCUGAAAGAAGGUGCAGACUGCUCUCUAGUGUCCCAACACCAGCAGUAGAGGGAGAGAAGAUACAGUAGCAGCAAGCCCUUGAUUUUUCUUACCUAGGCUUAGUCUUUGUGCAUUUUUUUUUGUUUGUGUGUGUGUGUGUGUGUGUGUGUGUAUGCAUGCACGUGUGAGCUUCUCUGAGUGUGUGUGGGUAUACAUUUACGAAUGUGUGUGUGUUUGUUGUUGUUGUUUGUCCUAGCUCAGCCCUGGGCUCCACCACUGCUGCAGAGUAAAGUAUUUUGCAUUCUGAACAUAGGCUGGUCAUUUGAAGUAAACAAGGGUUCAAUUACUUUAAAACGAAUGACUCCUCCAUUGCCUUCCCCUGUCACUCAAUUUAAGACAUCUUCAGUGACAGGGCUAGGUGGGAAAUGCCUCUGCUAGAUGUGUUUGAGUGCGUAUACCCGGUUACUUGAGCAAGCGUGUGUGGGUCAAGCUUGGAACUGGUUGUGCCAGGCUGUUUCAAAAUGCAUGUGUGGCUAUAGGAACAACUUUCUUUAAUCAAGUAUGUGUGGGAUGUCCAAGGGAAACUGUGAAGCUAAGCAGGGAUUUUUAUAAACAGAUAAGAUGGUUUUAUUCUGAACUUCAAUGGCCCUGACACCCCUUAAACUUGCUAUCAAAACUGUUCUAUUUUCACCACUGUAAUUGAUCCAUAUGAGGAGCUGAGCCAAAAUAAAUGAAAAUAAAAUGUAUUUCAGUUGUUGUAAAUUAUACAUACAUGUGACCACAUCCCCUCCUUUUCCUUUGCUGGUAAAUGUUGUCUUGCUAUUUUUGAUCUUUUAUUUAUUUAUUUUUGCAUUCUUUCUGGGAUUAAGAGUUUGUUUUAAAUUGAUACGCUAUUCAAAUGUUAAUAUAAACAUUAUUUGGGGUAAA